AUAAAUUAGUCAAAAAAUAAGAUACCUUUUGCCCAGAUCUAUUUUUCUCUCCCGACCUCCCGAUUCCAUUUUUCUCUCUAACACUCCCUCGAUUUCAUUUUCGAUCUUCAAUAACUCAAUCCCGAAUUCUAUCAAAUCGAUCCACACUCAUUCCAGCUUAUCGAUUUGUCUCAUUUAUCAGUUUGAUCUCUGAUUCAUCUUUAGUUCAUCGUUUAAAAUCAAAUUGAGGUGCUCAAAAUUGACAGCAAUUAAAGAUUCUUCUUGCAUACUGAGGCUUCUUCUUGCUGCAGAUUCUGUUAGCGUGUAAGCUUCUGUUCUUCUUUUUGUUUGGUUUUUAGUUUGUCUUCGUUGUGGUUUGAUAUAUUCUUCGUUCUAUUUGUCAUAAAAAUUUGUAUAAAUUGGUGUGGAGCUGUGGUGUUAUUGUUGGAAAAUGGAAAAGGCAUGGGUUUGGCUACCAAGAGCUAACCUUGAGUAUGAGGAAGGAGCAAAACAAUUUGUGACAGAAUCAGCGAGGUUGUUGGGUAAUCAUGUAGAGAUUCUAUGUCCUUGCAUAGAUUACCGGAAUGUUUGCCACCAAGUUAGUGAAACAGUAUUAGAGCAUUUAGUUAUUAGAGGGAUGGAUCUUAAGUACAAGAGAAAUGCAAGUUGGAGUAAGCAUGAGGACGUAAGGAAUACUAACCGGGGUGAUUUUCAGAAUUCUGAAUCAGAGGCUUAUGAGUUGAUUAGGACAGCAUUUGAAAAAGAAGGAAGUGAACAGCGAUCAGAGCACAUUGAAGGCCAGUUUGAGGGUUCUGAAACUAAUGAAGAUUCAGAGUUUAUGAAGAAAUUAAAGGAUGCUGAAACUCCUUUAUACACAAGGAGUCCCAAUCACACUAAGGUUUCUGCAAUCAUGGGCCUCUACCGCAUUAAAGUGAAGAGUGGGAUGUCAGCGAACUACUUUGAUCAGCUUUUGACAUUGGUUCAUGAUUUUCUUCCUCAGGAUAAUGUGCUUCCAAAGUCCACAGAUGAGAUGAAGAAGUUUUUGAAGAUUUUUGGGUUUGGCUAUGAUAUGAUCCACGCAUGCAAGAAUGAUUGUAUCCUUUAUCGGAAACAAUAUGAGAAGAUGGAAAGCUGCCCAAGAUGUAGUGCAUCCAGAUGGGAAACUGAUAAACACACUGGUGAGGAGAAGCAGGGGAUUCCAGUGAAGGUCCUAAGGUAUUUUCCGAUCAAGGAGAGAUUGAAAAGGAUGUUUAGAUCAAAAAGGAUGGCUGAAGAAUAGUGUUGGCAUUUCAGCAAUGCUAGAGUAGAUGGUACAUUGCGACACCCAGUGGAUUCAUUGACUUGGGCUCAAGUGAAUAAUAAAUGGCCAGAUUUUGCUGCUGAACCGAGAAACCUUCGACUUGGUCUGUCUACAGAUGGUAUGAAUCCUUUCUCUAUUCAGAGUACUAAUCACAGUACAUGGCCAGUGAUGUUACUGAACUACAACAUGCCUCCAACUAUGUGUAUGAAGGCAGAGAAUAUAAUGCUCACCAUGCUCAUCCCUGGUCCAACUGCACGAACAACAACAUUGAUGUAUAUCUGGCACCACUGAUAGAUGAUUUAAAGGAUUUGUGGAGUGAAGGUAUAGACGUAUAUGACUCAUUUCUGAAAGAGACAUUCAGACUUAGAGCUUUGCUGAUGUGAACUAUCACGGAUUAUCCAGCGUUAGGGGUUCUUUCUAGAUGUAAAGUGAAAUGGAAACAAGCAUGCAACGUAUGUGGUAAGGAUACACAUAGUAGAUGGUUGAAGUUCAGUCGGAAAUAUGUGUAUAUGGGCAAUAGAAGACGACUCAGACCAGGUCAUCCAUACAGGAGCCGCAAGGGAUGGUUUGACUAGGUGGAGAAUGGAACUGUAAAUAGGAUUCAAACGGGACAUGAGAUAUGUGAGAUUCUUAAGAAUUUCAAGAAUGAGUUUGGGAGACCGUUGCCUAAGGAAAAAAAACGAAAACGAAUUGAAGUGGGUGAAACGAGAUGGUUGCAGAGGAAGAAUAUGAAGAACAUUCUGAUCAAUGGCGUUGGAAGAAACGAUCAAUAUUGUUUGAGUUACCAUACUGGAAGGACAUGCCGGUACGUCACAACAUUGAUGUCAUGCAUGUGGAAAAGAACGUUUCUGAUGCUUUACUGUCUACUUUAAUGGGGAGUGCUAAAUCAAAAGAUGGCUUGAAAGAAAGAAAAGACUUGGAAGACAUGGGAAUUCGAAGUAACUUUCACACAGAGACACGAGGAAAGAGGAUAUACUUGCCUCCAGCGGCUUAUUGGCUCUCCAAAGAAGAAAAGAAGAGCUUCUGCAAGCGGUUAUCUAAGUUCAGAGGCCCGGAUGGCUACUGUGCCAAUAUCUCGAACUGUGUUUCUGUAAAUCCUCCUAGCAUUGGUAGUAUGAAGUCACACGAUCAUCAUGUACUAAUGCAGAAUCUUCUUCCUGUGGCAUUGAGAGGUUUGCUACCAAAGGGAACGAGGAAUGUUGUUACUCGUGUAUUCAACUUCUUCAACAAAUUGUGCCAGCGUUCUAUUGACCCAGAGAAGUUAAUAUACUUAGAGUCUGAGUUUGUAGAGACAAUGUGCGAAUUGGAGCGUUUCUUUCCUCCAUGCCUUUUUGAUAUCAUGUUCCACCUUCCCAUUCAUCUAGCUAGGGAGGCACGUUUGGGUGGACAUGUCCACUUUCAGUGGAUGUAUCCCUUUGAGAGGUACAUGAAGACACUUAAGGCAUAUGUUAAAAAUUAUGCAAGGCCAGAAGCAUGUAUGGCUGAAGGAUACUUGGCUGGUGAAUGCAUUGCCUUCUGCUUAGAGUUUCUUCAGAAUUCUGUACCAGUUGAAGAAACACUAAAGCGUAAUGAAAACGUUGAGCCUGAUGAGCUCAUACUUGAAGGACGUCCAUUGCGGAAGCCUAUAGAAGUAACACUUUCAGAGAAAGAAAGAGACAUAUCUCAUCGAUAUGUGUUGUUGAACACAUCAGUUAUGGAGCCAUAUCUUGCUAUGCAUAUGGAAGAGUUGCAAUCUGAGGAUGUUCGAUGCGAAACAAAUGAAACUUUAUUGUGGAGAUAUCAUACCGAGAGGUUUGCACACUGGAUAAAGCAAAAGAUACCUACAAACUCAGAAGCUCAUUCAUCGAAGCUUAGGUGGUUGGCGUAUGGGCCAAGGGUUAUUGCUCAGUCUUACAAGGGAUAUGUCAUUAACGGACAUCGGUUUCACACAGAUGAUGUAAAGCUAAAGACUCAGAACAGUGGGGUUUCAUAUGAAGUCUUCACCAUGUGUCGGUCAAGUGCACGAGAUAGUGGACAGAUGGGAGAUGUAGUUGUGUACUAUGGUGUGAUCAAGGAGAUAAUAAUGUUGGAUUACCACAUGUUUCAAGUCCCACUCUUCAAGUGUACUUGGGCCAAUACAGGGAAUAGUGUGAAGGAAGAAGACGGAUUUACAAUUGUUAAUCUGAAAACGAACCAAUCUCCGUAUCUGUUAGAUCCAUACAUUCUUGCAUCCCAAGCUAAACAGGUGUUCUAUUCCCGAGAAGAUGACUCUUCGCCGUGGCAUGUUAUUAUGAGGGCGCCACCGAGGGGAUAUCACGAGUUAGAGACAGAGGACGAAUUUUCUGGUGCACCGUCAGUUGAGGCAGUUGAUGUGUUGGGGAAUUAUUCUUAUGAUGACGAGGGUUUUUGUGUUAGAGAGGACUGUGAAGGAGUCUACUAGGGGAUUAGUACAUAAUCUGUUUUUAAUGGAAUUUAUUUAUGUAUAUAGUCUGUUUUAAAUAGAUUUUGUUAUGGUUUCAAGGAUCCAACAUGGUGAAGUUUCAAGAAAACUUGUCUAGAGGAGGAAUGUCUAGAGGAGGACUGUCUAGAGGAGGAAUGCCUCGUCGAAGUUUGCGUCAACAAGGAAUAGAUGUCACUCCUAUUGGAAAGGCGAUCAAAAAAGUGGUUGGCCAACGAAAAAAAAAGAAAAACUAGACAGAUAAAUGAAGUAGUAGAUAAAGAGACAGAGGAAGAAGUUGGUGAAGACAUGGAGAAAGACGUUGGUGAAGAGAAUGAUGGAGAAGUUGGUCAAACUGUUGAGAAAGAAGUUGAG